CCUUGCUACUUGCACAAUCCACCAGCAGAGGUGCAGCAGUGCUGGUCACCAUCAUGGCAGAAUCACUGGGCUUCCUCACCAUUUGCCUUUGGGGGUACCUACUCACUGCCGAAUGUACAGUUUUUCUUGAUCGUGAAAAUGCCACUAAAAUCCUGCAUCGGCAGAAGAGAUAUAAUUCGGGGAAAUUGGAAGAGUUUGUUCGAGGGAACCUCGAGAGAGAAUGUAUGGAAGAAAAAUGUAGUUUUGAAGAGGCACGAGAAGUUUUCGAAAACACUGAAAAAACCACUGAAUUCUGGAAGCAAUACGUUGAUGGCGAUCAGUGUGAGUCCAAUCCGUGUUUAAAUGGCGGCCUGUGCAAGGACGACAUCAAUUCCUAUGAAUGUUGGUGCAAAGAAGGAUUUGAAGGAAGGAACUGUGAGUUAGAUGAGACGUGCAGCAUUAAGAAUGGCAAGUGCAUGCAGUUUUGUAAAAAGAGUGCCUAUAGCAAGGUGGUUUGUUCCUGCACAACAGGAUACCGACUCGCCGCAGACCAGAAGUCCUGUGAACCAGCAGUGCCUUUUCCGUGUGGCAGAGUCUCUGCUAAGCGUGUCUCUACAAAGCUUACCCGUGCUGAGAGUAUUCUGCCUGAGAUGGACCAUCACAAUUCCACAGACGCUACAACCACUUCGGACAACAUCACUCAGAGCACCCAGUCAUCUAAAGACUUGAUUCGAAUUGUGGGUGGAGAAAACGCUGAGCCAGGUCAAUUCCCUUGGCAGGUCCUUUUGACAGAGAACUUUGAGCCCUUCUGUGGAGGUUCCAUUAUCAAUGAGAAAUGGAUCGUAACUGCGGCUCACUGCAUCAAACCUGGUGUUAAUAUCACUGUUGUCGCAGGAGAAUAUGACACGGAGAAGGCAGAAGACACAGAACAAAGGCGGAAUGUGACUCGAGCCAUCCUUCACCACAAGUAUAAUGCAACCAUCAAUAAAUACAACCAUGACAUUGCUCUUCUGGAACUGGAUAGACCCUUAACACUGAACAGCUACGUGACACCAGUUUGCAUUGCUGACCGGGAAUACACAAACCUCUUCCUCAAAUUUAGGUCUGGCUAUGUGAGUGGCUGGGGGAAAGUCUUCAACAGAGGGAGAUCGUCCAACAUUCUUCAGUACCUUAGAGUUCCCUUUGUGGACCGAGCCACAUGCCUCCGGUCCACCAAGUUCAGCAUCUAUAACAACAUGUUUUGUGCUGGAUACCAGGAGGGUGGGAAAGAUUCAUGCCAAGGAGAUAGCGGGGGGCCCCAUGUGAAUGAAGUGGAGGGUGUCAGUUUCUUAACUGGAAUCAUUAGCUGGGGCGAAGAGUGUGCAAUGAAAGGCAAGUAUGGCAUAUAUACCAAGGUAUCUUUGUAUGUCAACUGGAUUAAGGAAAAAACAAAGCUCACUUAACCCCUCCCCCCCUCAAAAAAAGAUGUAUUUUGAAAGGGGACACGUUUGAAAUUGGAACUGAAAAUUGGUCCCUUUCUCUUUAGUUCCCAUCUCUUUAGAUCUGAGUAGAUACAAUCUCUGAAUACUGUUUGUUUUCUUUACAGGGAAGCAUUGCUCUAGAAUUCACACUGACUAGAAUAUGUAGAUUAGAAAGACGCACUCACUAAAGAAAUUGACUGUGGUGUUGGCAUAUUGCACCAAAGUAAAAGACUUAGGGGUGGGUGGUUGGGGAGAAUACAGAUCUAAGAAGGCUAACAGAGGACCUAGUGGGGGUUGUAUUGUUAUAUGGA